CUCAGAAGGGCAGCUCACACCCACAGCUGGCCUGGAUCUUGCAGGCCACACUAGGCAAAGCUGUGCUAUUAAUAUCUGGCACACAAUCCCUAGCUGGGUGAUCCUCUUAUGACUGUGGCCUUGGCCUCAGAGGCCAGUGGCAAGUGUGUUCCCUCAGUAUAGAGGGGCUCCUGGGGCCCCCAGUGCUGUGCACCUCCCCCUGCAUACAGCAGCUCCACUGCCAGCCAGGGGCCCAGCCCCACCCAGGUCUUUAUCUGCUGUGCUGCUCGCAGGAGUGGUUCCACUCACAGAGGGCCAGUGCAGGCGRCCAGAGAGCCAGAGCUGUUCUGGGCACCACUGUGGUGCUGAGGUGGUGAUGCCUCCCUAACUGCCAGCACCUAAGCCAUACACACACCGGGAGCACACCCUCUGGGACCUGGUCGGCCAUGAGCAGUCCCCCAGCUUACCCUGGCAUCAGGAUCUCAGGGUGCUGGGCAGAAGGCAGCAGCAAUGCAGGGUCCCUGGACAGGCUCCUCCCCGCCGUGGGCACCGGGCGCUCACCCCGGAAGCGCACCACCAGCCAGUGCAAGUCGGAGCCACCCCUGCUGCGCACCAGCAAGCGCACCAUCUACACGGCAGGGCGGCCACCCUGGUACAAUGAGCAUGGCACGCAGUCCAAGGAGGCCUUUGCCAUCGGCCUGGGAGGUGGCAGUGCCUCAGGGAAGACCACCGUGGCCAGGAUGAUCAUUGAGGCUCUAGAUGUGCCCUGGGUGGUCUUGCUGUCCAUGGACUCCUUCUACAAGGUGCUGACCCAGCAGCAGCAGGAGCAGGCCGCCCACAACGACUUCAACUUUGACCACCCCGACGCCUUCGACUUUGACCUCAUCAUCUCCACCCUCAAGAAGCUGAAGCAGGGCAGGAGCGUCCAAGUGCCCAUCUAUGACUUCACCACCCACAGCCGGAAGAAGGACUGGAAAACACUCUAUGGUGCAAAUGUCAUCAUCUUCGAGGGUAUCAUGGCCUUCGCUGACAAGACGCUGCUGGAGCUCCUGGACAUGAGAAUCUUUGUGGACACGGACUCCGACAUCCGCUUAGUGCGGCGGCUGCGCCGGGACAUCAGUGAACGAGGCCGGGACAUCGAGGGUGUCAUCAAGCAGUACCACAAGUUUGUCAAGCCUGCCUUUGACCAAUACAUCCAGCCCACCAUGCGCCUGGCGGACAUUGUGGUGCCCAGAGGGAGUGGGAACGCGGUGGCCAUUGACCUGAUCGUGCAGCAUGUGCACAGCCAGCUGGAGGAGCGUGAACUCAGCGUCAGGGCGGCCCUGGCCUCAGCGCACCAGAGCCACCCACUUCCCCAAACGCUGAGCGUCCUUAAGAGCACCCCGCAAGUGCGCGGUAUGCACACCAUCAUCAGGGACAGGGAGACUAGUCGGGACGAGUUCAUCUUCUACUCCAAGCGACUGAUGCGGCUGCUCAUCGAGCAUGCGCUUUCCUUCCUGCCCUUCCAGGACUGUGUGGUGCAGACCCCACAGGGGCAGGACUACGCAGGCAAGUGCUAUGCUGGAAAGCAGAUCACUGGGGUAUCCAUCCUGCGUGCUGGGGAGACCAUGGAGCCUGCUCUGCGCGCUGUGUGCAAAGACGUGCGCAUCGGCACCAUCCUCAUCCAGACCAACCAGCUCACGGGGGAGCCCGAGCUCCACUAUCUUCGGCUGCCCAAGGACAUCAGUGACGACCACGUGAUCCUGAUGGACUGUACGGUGUCUACUGGCGCAGCGGCCAUGAUGGCCGUCCGUGUCCUCCUGGACCACGAUGUGCCCGAGGACAAGAUCUUCUUGCUGUCACUGCUGAUGGCAGAGAUGGGUGUCCACUCCGUGGCCUAUGCUUUCCCACGGGUGAGAAUCAUCACCACAGCUGUGGACAAGCGGGUCAAUGACCUUUUCCGCAUCAUCCCAGGCAUAGGGAACUUUGGGGAUCGCUACUUUGGGACAGACGCAGUCCCUGAUGGCAGCGACGAGGAAGAGGUGGCUUCCACCGGUUAGCUGCCCUGGCUGCCCCACCCUGUCCCCACCCAACCUCCUCCUGCCUCCUGGUGUGGGUAGGAGGAGGUUAAUUUAAUUUCAAAAAAUGAUACCAAUAAAAACCAUCUACACAUUUUGUAAAAUAAAGCUUUAGAAAA